CUGCCUCCGUUCACGGCCAUGCGGAUCUGGGUAUCUGCACCCUCAACGACAUGCGCGCCAAUGCGGAAAUGAUCUCCAACCUUUCCCCAACCACGCCCGUCAUUGCCGAUGCGGACACUGGAUACGGCGGCCCGAUCAUGGUUGCUCGCACGACUGAACAAUACUCGCGCUCUGGAGUUGCCGCCUUUCACAUCGAGGACCAGGUUCAGACGAAACGCUGCGGCCAUCUUGGGGGCAAGAUUCUCGUGGACCAAGACACCUACGUGACGCGGAUUCGCGCUGCCGUACAGGCUCGUCAGCGGAUUGGUAGCGACAUCGUGGUGAUUGCGCGAACAGAUGCCCUGCAGGUCCGCGGCUACGAGGAAAGUGUGGCACGACUGCGGGCGGCGCGCGACGCUGGGGCAGAUGUAGGGUUCCUCGAGGGCAUCACAUCUAAGGAAAUGGCUCGACAGGUGGUGCAGGACCUGGCAGGGUGGCCACUGCUUUUGAACAUGGUCGAGCAUGGCGCGACACCGGACAUCACGGCGCAGGAAGCCAAGGAGAUGGGAUUUCGGAUCAUCAUCUUCCCUUUCGCAGCCAUCGGUCCAGCUUAUAAGGCCAUGCAGGAGGCGAUGGAAAAGCUCAAGAGGGAUGGCAUCCCAGGAUUGAGUAAGGACAUGACACCACAGAUGCUGUUCCGCGUUUGCGGGCUCGACGAGAGUAUCAAGGUGGACGCCGAGGCGGGCGGCGCUGCCUUCGAGGGCGGGGUUGAGCUGCAGAAGUAAAUCGUCGCCUCCGAAC